AUGGAACAGAAGGACAACGCAAACCCCAUCGUAUACCAGUCCGGCUCGAGCUCGACUCAGCGACGCACGUCGUCCAACGCCAACGCAGAGUGGUGGCGCGACCAUUCGAUCCACUCUUCCGCAGCAGCGCCACAGUCGGCCAACGGUCGUUCGUUCGCUGGCAUCCGAGGAGGCUCUUCUACCAACAGCGCUGGCAGCAGCUCGGGCCUUAAUCUCGCUUCUUCAUUCGCACGGGCUACCCGAUCCACCAUCGACGAAGAUGAUCAACUAGACGAGGAAGACGACGACGAGGAAGACGACGACGAGCGAGAUGGCGAUGUCGAGAUGUCGUCCGCGACUCGAAAGCGUCCUUCCGUCUCGCCGCCCACGUCGCCCGAAGCGGAGUCUCCCCCCACCAUGCACGCCAACAAGACCGACCUGCCCUCCACAGCGUCAGACGACCAGAUCGACAGCCAAGAGAUCUACGACCUGAUCCGCUCCAUCACCGACCCGGAACACCCGCUCACUCUAGAACAGCUCGCAGUGGUCAACGCAUCGCACAUCACCGUUUCUCAUGGCGAUACCGCCACCAACAGACUCCCGCACGUACUGCUCGAAUUCACGCCGACCAUCCCGCACUGCAGCAUGGCGACGCUGAUCGGCCUCUCGCUGCGCGUGCGUCUGCUGCGUGCGCUUCCGGACCGCUUCAAAGUGGAUAUCCGCGUACGUCCCGGCACGCACCAGUCGGAGAACGCGGUGAACAAGCAGCUCAACGACAAGGAGAGGGUGGCGGCGGCGCUGGAGAACGCGCACCUGUUCAAUGUGGUGCAGGGCUGUUUGGCCAGUGCGGGCAGGAGGGGGAAGAGCGCCGACGAGGUGGCGGCGUACUUUAGUGGACCUCCGACGGCCGAUGGCGUGCACGACCAGGAUCAUCAGGCGAUCUGGAAGACGGUCGACGAGAUCACAACAAGGAUGGGCAUUGCUGUUUGA